GCGGAAGCCAGGGAGAAGGCCCAGGAAGUGACGGCCGCUUCCCCGCUACCGGGGACUUCUGGAGUAAGAGAAGUCAGCGGUGCGGUUGCUGCGGCCGCUGCGCUCCCCGGCCCAAGGCGAUGGAGAACGGAGCGGUGUACAGCCCCACUACGGAGGAGGACCCGGGCCCCGCCAGAGGCCCCCGGAGCGGCCUCGCUGCCUACUUUUUCCUGGGCCGGCUCCCAUUGCUCCGGCGCGUUCUCAAGGGCUUGCAGCUGUUGCUGUCUCUGCUGGCCUUCAUCUGUGAAGAAGUUGUAUCACAAUGUACUUUAUGUGGAGGACUUUAUUUUUUUGAGUUUGUAAGCUGCAGUGCCUUUCUUCUGAGUCUCCUUAUACUGAUUGUGUAUUGCACUCCAUUUUAUGAGAGAGUUGAUACCAGAAAAGUAAAAUCAUCGGAUUUUUAUAUUACUUUGGGAACAGGAUGUGUGUUUUUGUUGGCAUCCAUCAUUUUUGUUUCCACACAUGACAGGACUUCAGCUGAAAUUGCUGCAAUUGUGUUUGGAUUUAUAGCAAGUUUUAUGUUCCUACUUGACUUUGUCACUAUGCUGUAUGAAAAACGACUGGAGUCCCAGCUGAGAAAACCUGAAAAUACCACUAGGGCUGAAGCCCUCACUGAACCACUUAAUGCCUAAAGACUCUGGGGAGCAGAUGUUACCUAAGGUAGUGACCCUGCAUUGUGGUGUCUGAGCCCUGGCAGAAGCUCUUGUAAAAUUUGUGUAAUUGUUUAAACCACUUCUUUUGGAGAGCAAGGGGAAGGUCAAGAAGGCAGUUUUAUCAAUAUUGUGUCAGUCACCACAAAGUAGGCCAGAUACGUUAAAAAAAUUUUUUUUAAAUAAUAGUUGAAACUUAUCUCAAAUGGAGAUUUUGGUGAGAGGAAGAGAAAACAAUUGUUUUUUAAAUCACACAGCUCAACGAUUGAUAAAUGAUUCUGUCAUUCUGUUACAGGUCAUUCUUUUACUAGGCUUAGCUUCCAAAUUAUGCUUUAUAGCUGUAUAAACAUCGUGAUUAUAUUCAUCUACUUAGAAAUUGUUUUAUUUUUAAAUUAAUUUGCUUAGCUGUUUGUUUUGGUGCUUAGAUUAUAUUGUUAAUGGGAAUUUAACAUAUUUAAGAAACCAAUAUUUAAAAUGUUGGUCUAGGUUUUUUUCCUUAACAUAUAUUACCAGGCUUUACUGUAUUUCAGCCGUAAAUGUUAUAAUAUUUUUGGAUAACUGUUAUUAAUUCUUUGAGACCUUCGUAUAGCCUAUAAAAUGUAUGGGAGAUGUUGGUAUUUUAUGUGUAUAAAAGCAACAAUAUCAGCAACUUCGUGUUUAUACUGCACCUUGUUGUUACUUGUUGAUGUCAAGUAAAAAAAAGAUUGUUUUGUAACACAUAAAAAAAUGGAAGAAACUGAUACCACACCUAAGGACCAAAGAUAAGAAAGACUUUUUGCCCAAGACAGUGAAAGUAAUUAUAAAAACAAGCUUUGACCACUUACCAAGUAUCUGAAGAGAUGAGUUCAUACUAUGAUUUAGAAAGUGGUUCAAUUCCCCUGUUGGCAUGUGAUUAUUUUUACUAAAAUUAAUACAGCUCUGUGGGUCUUCCUUAGUGUUUUCUUUGAAGCCAGUCUGUUUUUUUUAGGACCCCAGCCUUUGGUUUUUCAUCUGUUCGAGAUGCCUCUUUUCUGUCUCCUUAUCAGAUAGAAAUGGAGUCAUGUGCUGCUGCUUCAUCUAGCAGAGGUUGGCCUCUGGCUCUGACGCUUACUUUUUGUCAGUUGUCUUCAGGUGGUCCUGAAUCUUGGGCCCUUUUAAUUGUGAAUACUGUGUAGCAGGAUCUUGAGAGUCCUUGUUCUUACAUAGGCAUUGUUCUAGUUUGUCUUUG